CCCCCGUUUUCAGUCCUCGAGCAGUUGAGCGGAAGGUGUCUCGGAAUGGUUCCCUCGUUGACAUUGCUCGUUUCUGCUCUCCCCUUAUUGAGUUGGCUCGAUCCGACUGCCUCGGGGAUGGACCCACCAUGGCAUUCCUCGCCUCGCACUCCCAUCACUCUCCGUUUUGGGCUCACCCAGCCUUACUUUCACCAAAUUGAAUUCGCAUUGCUUGAAAUAAGCGAUCCAUCUAGCCCCCGAUGGACUGAGCACUUGAGCAAAGAAGAGGUCGAAGAUAUCAUCCUGCUCGAAUCUUUCCUUGUCUCGCACGGCAUCGAUAUCACAGGCGACGCACUCCAACGAACACCCGCAAGUGAUUGGAUCUCACUCAAGACCAACAUUGAAAUCGCAGAGAAACUUCUCGACACAACCUAUUCAAUAUAUGCGAACCACGAGACCAGACUCACUACGAUUCGUACAACGUCAUAUAGUCUUCCUGCUCACCUGCACGACCAUAUCGACGUCGUUCAGCCUACGAACUACUCCCCUUCUGUUGAUGAUGGCGCCUUCAACCAGCAAAGCGCUCCCGCCCCAGUACCAUCACCACAACCAAACAUGUCACUCCCAGAGCUUAAAACGCUCUAUCGCACCGAUGCGUACAAGGCUAAAGGAACGCGAAGUUCAAUCGGUAUCACCAGGUACCUCGAGCAAUAUGCGAACCUUGCUGACCUCAAACAGUUUUAUUCCAUUUUCCAUCCUCCAGCGCUGAAGAGUACCCUCCAUGUGGGGCUUAUCAACGGUAAAUACCCUUACAUAUGGUCGCGGCCAAAUACGAACCGGAGCAUCAGCUAUGAGGAUAACGGCAAUGAACCGUGAGCGGAUGCCAAACCCGUAUUCAUAUGAAUCAACUAAAAUUAUCACAAUCCACAGCUACGACGUUUUUCUCACUUACCUCCUCAGGAAGAAAACGAAGGAUCUUCCUCAAGUGUUGACUACCAGUUAUGGUGAGUCUCUGCAUCCUAUUUUCCCUGAACCCAAAAAUUUCACUCUAACACUCAUGUGGGGACCGCGGAAUUUUCGAAAUUAUAUGAAGGUGAGGAUGAGGAUACAGUUCCGAUCAACUACGCCCGAUGUGUGUGCAAG